AUGGAAAAGAAAGCCAAUUUAGAAGAAAUGUUCACUAGAUUCAUAGCCGCGUCCGAGAAAAGGCACAAUGAUCAUGAUGCUACUAUACAAGAGACCAGAAAUAUGCUAAGGAAUCAGCAGGCAUCUAUUCUCAACAUUGAGAAACAGUUAGGACAACUACCAUAUCAAGUGAAUGAGAGAAGACCGGGUCAACUUCAAGGUAACACCGAAAAAAAUCCGAGAAUGGAGAAUCUGAGCGCAGUGACUUCCAGUUAUGAAGAAAUUUUCACACCUGCACAGAAGAUCUCCAAGGUGAAUACAGAAAAGGCAGAAGAGUCGGUUCUAGCUAAACCCGACCAGACUCGCCGAGUCCCUCUAAUGGACUCGAAGAGUCCAUGCGCUGAUGACAAAAAUUUCAUUACCUCGAGGCCUUACAAUCCCCCUUUGCCAUUCCCAAUUAGAGCCAUGCCUAGAGAGAAGAUUAGAGCGUAUAAAGCCUUCAUGGAGCAUGUUCGAGACCUUCAAGUCAACAUUCCAUUUGUGGAAACAAUGCUUAAAACACCUAAGUACUUCAACUUGUUAAAAGGUCUUUUCGCUGCCAGAAAAGAUUUAGCUGAAGUCACGAAGAUAGUAUUGAGUGAGCUACCAGAAAAGAAGGGUGAUCCGGGUAGCAUCAUAAUUCCAUGCCAAUUUGGAAAUGUACUUGCCACUCAAGCGUUGACCGAUUCGGGUGCAAGUAUCAACUUAAUGCCCUUCUCCUUCUUCAAGAAGUUGAAUUUACCGGAGCCAAGACCAGUUAACAUGAAGAUCCAUUUGGCGGACAAGACGACAAUUCAUCCAAGAGGCAUGUGUGAAGAUCUUCUUAUUAAGGUCGACAGUUUUAUCUUUCCCGUAGACUUUGUGAUACUUGAUAUGGAAGAAGACCCCAAAAUUCCAAUUAUUUUGGGGAUAUCAUUUUUGAACACCGCAUGUGCAUUAAUUGAUGUAUGUGAAUCCACACUAACGUUGAGGGUCGGAGACGAGUCAACGGUGUUUAAAGCUUGCCCAGAGAUCAAGCAAUAA